AUGAAGUGUCCGUACUGCGGGUGUGCGAAGAUGCAGGUGCUCUCGGGAACUGUCUAUUGUGGGGAGUGCCAGUCGUACUUUAGAGUUUCCGACGAUGGGUAUGUGCCUAUCUUUAUAGAGAACAAAACUGUAUACAGGAAGUAUCAGAAAGUUCCGGAGAGGCGGAUUCUAUGCAGCGCGUGCCAGGAGAGGAACGAGGCCGAGGGAGAGAGAAUCAAGGCAGAGGAGGAGCAAAACAUGCGCAUGAGAAGGUCUGUCAAAAGGCAGAAUCUGAGCGAGCUUUGCCGAGAGUGCGUCUGCAAAGUGAACGAGAAGCUUGAAAGUGACGACAGAAAAUUCACCCGCCCGUACAGGACAUUUCUGCAGAGAAGAAAGCUCGCCCUCUUCGGGAUUUUGGUUCUCUCCGCAGGAGUGUAUUGGGGAGCCUGCAGAUGGCUUGGCGCGCUGAUUCUGAUGGGAGGCGCGACCUGGGAGGCGCGAAGCAAUGCCCGCCGAGUGUGCGUCUGGGCUCUGUGCGGGUUCAGGUGGGGCGUCUGGAUCCUGUGGGGAGAGAUUAUGUGGAAGCUCUGCACGUGGAAGCUGCAAGAAGUCACACGGCUGCGCGUGACCGUGGACGUGGAGAAGAUCCAGAAGGACAUCCUGAGAAAAGUAAAGAGCCUGAAGCUGCUGGAAGGCCCCAGGGAGGAAAAAGCCCCGGAGAGAAGCUUCCUUCACCGGGCAUACAGCCAGCACCUGCGCGCAGGAGAGGAAGUGGAGGCGCUUGCAAAGGGAAUAUCAGGCCUCCAGAUCCGAGAUACCUGGUAUAGAAAAGUAGACCGAAUCGUAGAGUGGCUGGCCGCAUGA